AUGUCUCUGCCGGGAAACAAGCCCGAGCAUUUCAAGUAUCUUUUUGAUAACAACUACAAGGCCGUCAGCUCAGCAUCCUUGGCGAAAGAUCCAGAACAGCGGGCGAGAGAAACGUUGGAGUAUCUCGAGGACAAGGUGGAUGUGAUUAUGGUGCACUUGGACGUUGAUUCGAUUGACCCGGGAACGUUUCCGCUGGCGAAUGUGCCAAACUUUACUGGUGUUGAAUUCGAGGAGAUGAUGAGGGCGUUGAAAGUGCUACUUGGAAGUGAUAAAGUUGGUGGGCUGACUGUUGCAGAAGUUAACCCUGAUCAUGACCCUGGGUUGGGUAUGAUUGAGAGGUUGGCGUCGCAUAUCGCGAAUAUGCUUGCUGAGCGAGGGUCGUGA